AUGUCUAUCGACAUGGAUGCCGACGUCAUCACCAUCGAGAACUCCCGGUCUCACGAGAAGCUCCUGUCUGUUUUGCACGAGGGAGUGAAGUUCGGUGCCGGAAUCGGCCCCGGCGCCUUUGACAUUCAGCGUCCAGGAAUACCGUCAACCAAGAAGAUUGCAAUCAACAAGAUGCUGCAAGUGUUGGGGCCUAAUGAGUUGUGGGUGAACCCGGGCUGUGGUCUCGAGACUCGCAAGCAUACUGAAGUGAAGCUAGCCCUGCAGAACAUGGUGGUUGCUGCCAAGCAGAUCCGCACCCCGCUUGUCGAUGCCGGCGACAAUUCCAAAUGGCGCAGGUUUAUACGAGAAGGGAAAUGGGCGGAUUUUGGUAGAGAAGGGAAAUGGGCGGCCCGGCCCACAUCUCGCUUGGCCCAGCCAUUUGGUGGGUCGGGCCGAAUUUGGUUCGCGAGGGAGACGGGCCGGAAAAAUGAAAAUUGGGACCAGCACGACCCUGUGGCCCUUAAUAAAUGGGCCAAAGCUGGCUGGGCUGGGCUGACCUGA